CUCAUCGACCGUUCAUUUAAAUCGAUUUAUUACAUCAUUUCUAUCGACGUUUUUGUGUCAGACCUCGAGCCACGCAAAAGUAGGCGCGGCGCGCUAAUCUAACGUUUAAAAUUGGUAUUAAAAAUGUUAAAUGGCGUCCUGGGAAAAAGUCGAUACUUCUCGUAUCUUCAAAUUCGAGCUUGAUCUGCGCGAAAAAGUCACCGAGCUGCAGUGUAAAAGCAAAGCGCUGGAGAAAAUCGAGAGGGAACUUUGUGAAACUCGUCGAAAUCUUUACCAAACUCGGAGCCAACUGGAGGCCGAGCAACGGUCGUCGAAUCAAUUGGAAAUUCGAUUGAAGAGCGCACUGAUAGCCGUAAAACGUCUCGAGGAAGAAAACACGAAGACUCGAACGGAAAAAGUUCAUACGAUAAUGCAAUACGAUUACUCGUCGAUCGAACGUGAUGCGUUGAUGAAUCAAGCAAGAAUCGCGAGAUUCGAAAAUAUGGAUCUCAAGAUGAAAAUUCAAGAGUCCCACAGGAAUCUCUUAACGGCAAAAAAGAUCAAUAAAACUCUCGAAGAUUCUUUGAUGGAAUUCAAAAACAGUUUGACGAGAUUACACGAUAAACUCGAUAGUAACCUCCAAAAAUUGGAACGGGAGCAAAAUCAGUUGAAAAAAACAUUUCGAGAAUCGACCGAGUUUGGCCAGCGGGUACAGACGAUUAUCAAUAACUGUUACAACACUACUCGCAAACAACGAAAAGACAAAGCGACUACGUUGGAACAACGGUUAGAGGAGCGACCUGUCUCUAUCGACGAGUCACAGAAAGAGCCCGUACGGCGUCCAGUUCCCGGCACCGCCAGCAGCCACACGGUAGACGCGGACAUCCUCGAUUUGCACAAAAAAUUGGAAAAGACUCUAGAAGAAUUACGAUCGAAACUCGGAAAUCACGAUAUCGAGGAUAAAUUAGCUCUGGUAUGCAUCGAGCUUCAACGGAUGGAUGGGAAUUUCGUGAAAAAUUUGGCGUCUUGUAAAAAAUGGGAGAAUCAAUCGGAAACAAACGCGAUGAGUGAAGGAAGGAAGGAAGGAAGAAAUGGUGAAAAACUGGUACACACGUAGGAUUAAUAUAAAAUGUAUUAUAAUAGUCGUUUUCUUUUCUCAUCUUCUUGUUUUUGUUAUCUCGAGUCCGACGUAAAACGAGAUUACACGUUUGAAGAAAAGAAUAAAACAAAACGGAAAAAAUAAAAAAGAAACGCAGCAAACGGUGCGGGAGCAACGAAUGAACGAGAUUCGAAAUAGACCCUCUGUACAUAAAUUUUGCGGUUGCGUUAUUCUUUUCUUCUCGGUGAUCGGACGACCUGACCAUCGAAUCGUGUAUGCCGAAAAAAUUUCAUCCGCAACGUUAACAACAAAUACAAGAACCCGUACGAGUCGUAUCGCUUUUGUCAGCUUAUAAUUUUCCGUAACUCUAAUAAAAUAAAAAAUAAAACAAUGCGUUUCGGAGAACGUUUCUUUUUUUAAAUUUCCGUUUUUGUUUCUACAAAUUUUCCGCGCAUGCCAAUUUAUCCUCGCCGUUUACAACGUAAAAUCCGGAACCCUGGACCGUUUUGUCGAAAAUGAUAAAUUAACGAUUGAUACACCACUAAGAUACAUACGCGAGCGCAUCGUACAUUGUCACGUCGACAUACAGAUUCAAUUACAUUUUCUCUUCCCUUAAUUCUGUGAAAAAGCUAUUUUUCCUCAUAACAAUAUAAAAAAGAAUGAUUGUGAUGUUGCUUUCCCUUGUCCUGUUCAUCCUUAAACAUGCAUCCGACUUUAUCGGUGAUUAACGUCGUUAAAAACACUAAUGAUAAGUGGUUAUAUGAUUCUACUCGUGAUGGAAAUAUGCCACAGCGAGCCAUCGCAAUUUAUCGAUGUUUUUUUUUUUUUUUCCCCCCAUACAACGAUGAAAAUUGUUGCGUAUUUUUUUCUUCACAUACAUGCGCAUACGCGUUUUUGUUAAUUUUUCUUUCUCUCGUAUCGUCUAGUCAUUAUUUUCUUUCUUUUUUUCUGCAUCACGACGAGAAAAAUUAACGCUUCACAAACGGCGGGAGUACUAGUUCCAUUUAGGGAUGAUGCGUUGAUGCGCGCGCGCGAUAAUAUCACUCUUCUUUGUUCGGUACGAACGGUGAUGUUUUUGUUUAUAUACUUUCACCUUCUGCUUCUGUUUUUGCUCCUUCUCAUAUCUCCAUCGUUGCGUUCAUUGCAUUUUUUAAAAUUCUCAUUGAAUUUCCAUGUAAAACUAAGUAUUGUAGCGUUUUUUAACAUAAAGCUCGAGAUAUUUCGCGCCUAGUCCAACGUAAGAGUAGUGUGCAAUAGCGUAUUCGGCCGCAACGGGGAAAUCUUUGUUCAUCCACCCCACUCCCGUUGAUUCCCCGAAUCAAAUGAUAUCGAUAAUUAAAUUAGGUUGAAAAGAAAGGAAAAUGUUAAUCAUAAUUAAAAAAUAAAACCACCGAAUGAUGCGGAGAGUGUCCGUCCCCGGAACGAAUCAGGGGACCGAGAAUCACAUGGCCCGAAUAAAAGGGCUUCGAAGGGAGAAUCGUUGAACGCAGGCAACUCCGUUCGACCAAGGAUACGUCUGUCGAUUAAUAAGGUGGUGGAGCCAACACUCGUGAUGACGGGGUCAGAGUACGGAACAACGUCCGAGCCAACUCGGUGGUUUUCUCGCUGGUUCUGAAGCUUUCAAUUGAUUGCCACCGCUCUUCGGUGGAUUGGAUGCCUCCUGAAGAAGAAUUAGAAAGAUUUAAUAUGCAGAAUUAAAUGGAUCAUUCGACAUGAACGAUUCUUUCUCAAACCAAACGAUUUUUAACUAAUUGCAAUAUUUAUACGUAAUUACAAAUGGGCAAUCAAAAUGUCAUUGUUCGUCUCGCGUCUAAAUAUCCCAGUGAAAGAAUCUUGCCCAAAUUGCUCUGAAUGAAUUUUCACGCACGUUGCACGUCACGAGACAUACGCGUGUGCUUCUCUUUCUCUUUUUUCUCUUUGUUCUUGAAAUUUUGAAUAUUUAGACGCUUUACCAGAAGAGUUAUCGCAUCGCGAUACCAAACCGUCAACUAUUUUGUAAACAUUCAUCAUUAUUUUUGACAUUUCAUCACUCUUUGUAAGUAUGUGACUCGGUAAAGUCACUACGGUUCCUCAUAGCGAAAAGUUUUGUGUAGCGCUGCGAUAUCCGGCUGAUGUUGGCAAAAAAGUAGAAUCAAUCGGAACGGCUCAUUAAACGAUAAGAAUUAAUAAAUAAAUGAAUAAGAAAAAAAACGAGCAAACGCAAAUUUCUAGCCCAUGCAGGAUUGGUGUUAUUUUUCGAAUUGACGUAGUUACUUGUAACGAUAGGCAGGACAGGAUUUAGACUGGGUAAAUUUUUGUCAUUUUGAUCAUAUGAAUUUCAACAAGGCAAUCUGAAAUGCUGAAUCAAUAGCGCACGCAUUCUCGUAGACGAAAAACAAGAAAACAAGAAAAAUGAAAAUAGAAAAGCAAUACAUUUGCGGGAUAAAGUUACCUUCUGCCAGAACAGACCCGCGCCAAACACAGAGAGGAAUAGACAUGGGGGAACAGAAAAACAAUGUUUAUUUUAUUUCUGCCGUAAUUCAAUAGAACGUUUUAUAUUCUGAGCAUACUUCUAUGAUCAUCGUCGUCUGAUAUUAUCAGGAAUGAUUGCUUGUUAAAUUCGAUAUUAUUGUCCGAUACAAAAAACGCUGCUCAUGAUAGACUUGACAUUCGAAAAACGAGGCAAUAAGGGAAAAGUUUUGAGCAAGAGAACAAGAAGAUUUCCAAUGACUUGAGUUUUUAAACUGUGAUCGCUAAGAAUUCAUUGUGUAAAAUCGUAAGAAAUCUCAUUAUUACGUUUUCAACCAGAAUAAUUGAGAAUAAACUAUGCGCAAACCGUUUUGCGCAGGGAUUAGAUGAAAAAAAGGGUCCGAAGACUGUACAAAAAGUGAAGCGUCGAGGGAAUGAAAAAAACGUACCAAUUUUUUUUCCAUCUUGGCUUUGAUGUCUCGAGCUAACGUGAAAAAGGCUUCCUCAACGUUGAUACUAGACUUGGCCGAUG